AGUAAUACCAAGGAAGAUCAAUGUUUCGAUUGGCUAUCAUCGGUGUUAUGUGCUCACUGACUUUGGUGGAAGUCAGCAUUGGACUGCACAGUGAAAGAGAGUACCACCAUCGAAAAAAUCGGCUAGCUCAGAGUUUUUCAAGUUUUGAAAUUCCGGCGCAAGAACUUAAUUCGGAGCACUGGUUGAAUCUCGGUCAGCAGAUACUUGGUGAAAAACUAAACUUUCAGCACAUUCCAACUAAAGCGAAAAAUGUGAUUUUCUUCAUCGGUGAUGGAAUGUCCUCGCAAACGAUUGCAGCAACUCGUAUGUAUCUUGGAAACGAAAACGAAUACCUAUCGUUCGAGAAGUUUCCGCAUCUUGGACUAGCGAAGACGUACUGCGUCAAUCGGCAGGUACCCGACUCUUCCUGCAGUGGCACUUCCUAUCUCUCGGGAGUGAAAAUCAAUUAUGGAAUGGUCAAUUUGGUGGCUUCUAUUCCAAGAUACACCUGUGAAUACCAAAAAAGUAACGAAACGGAAAUCGACGGUCUAAUGAAAUGGGCUCAGGAAGCCGGAAAGGGGACUGGAAUUGUGACGACAACACGGGUGACACAUGCAACGCCUGCGGCUAGUUAUGCUCAUAGUGCUAACCGAUACUGGGAAGGUGACUUCGAGGUUGAUGAGGCUUGUCCUUCCGGGGAGAAACCACUCGAUAUUGCCCAACAGAUGGUUUACAAUAAAGUUUCACAAAAUUUCAAUGUUAUUCUUGGCGGUGGCCGGAAAUACUUCCUUCCGAAGGAGAUGGUAGACGAGGAUGGAGAAAGUGGAUAUCGAGACGAUAGAAAAAAUCUGAUAGAAGAGUGGAAGGAGAUUCACUCCGACAUGGGGUCGUAUAGUUACGUUUGGGACAAACCUGGGCUGAAGGUAGUAGAUUACGAAAACACCAGUCACUUGCUAGGAUUGUUUGCUUCCAGCCAUUUGUUGUAUAACCUAGAAGCCCAUGAACAGAACCGAACCGACGUAGAGCCUUCGCUGGCAGAAAUGACUGAAGCUGCCAUAAAGAUGCUAGAGAAAAAUCCGUCGGGUUAUGUCUUGUUCGUGGAGGGUGGUCACAUUGAUAUGGCACAUCACGAAACCUGGACCCGGUUGGGGUUGGAUGAAACGGCGGAGUUGUCUAAGGCGGUUGAAGUUGCACGACAGCUGACUAGCAUGGAAGAUACGUUGAUUAUAGUUAGUGCUGAUCAUGGUCAUACAAUGACCUACAAUGGUUAUCCAAAACGCGGCCAGGAUGUUCUCGGAAUCGCGGACACUAGCGACAUGGAUGGUCUUCCGUACACAACGCUGAGUUACGCAAACGGUCCGGGUUAUAUCGAUACCUAUAAGACGGAAAAUCGAGCUGAACGGGUGGACAUUUCCGAGGUUGAGUUCACCUCAAUCCACCAUAUCUAUCCAGCGACAGCUUUAAUGGAUGCCGAGGCACACGGUGGCGAAGAUGUUUGCGUUUACGCUUCGGGGCCGCUUUCGAAUAUCUUUAUUGGCAGCUACGAGCAGCACACAAUACCGCACCUGAUAGCGUACGCAGCCGCUAUUGGUGAAUAUGCGGAGCCAUCGGAUCCGACAGAUGACGAAGACGGCUCUGGUCAUCGGUUGAUGUCGUCACUGUUAUGUCUACUAGUAGCUAUCAGCGUGGGAUUUUUUAACCAUUGCCAUAGCUAA